GCUGCCGCAAGCAACUCUUCCUCAUUUCUUUUUUGCAGGGUACGUUUUUGGUUUUCUUCUUACUGAUUUAAAUAUUCUGAAUUAGGGUUUCAGAUUACAUUAGCAAUCCAUACGAUUGUCGCUAUACUAUUGGAUUGCAGUAGGUUCGGCUAGCAAUGUCGCCCGCUAAAGCUGAUGCUACAAAGAAAGGAGAUGCAAAGGCGCAGGCUCUAAAGACAGCGAAAGCUGUGAAGACAGGAUCAACAUUCAAAAAGAAGGCCAAGAAGAUCCGAACAAAGGUGACAUUUCAUCGCCCAAGAACAUUGAAGACUGACAGAAACCCAAAGUAUCCUCGUAUCAGUGCCCCACCAAGAAACAAGCUUGACCACUACCAAAUCUUGAAGUACCCUUUGACUACUGAAUCUGCAAUGAAGAAGAUAGAAGACAACAACACCCUGGUUUUCAUUGUUGAUAUUCGUGCUGACAAGAAGAAAAUCAAAGCUGCAGUUAAGAAGAUGUAUGAUAUCCAGACCAAGAAAGUCAACACUUUGAUCAGGCCUGAUGGAACAAAGAAGGCUUAUGUUAGGUUAACCCCAGACUAUGAUGCUUUGGAUGUAGCAAACAAGAUUGGAAUAAUCUAAGUGAGGUAAGGUGUUGUUUUGGUUUAAACUUGAAAGGGAAAGUGUAUGCUCAUUGUGGCAGUUUUGUUAGUUUUAAUAUCUUGAAUGUUACAAGUUUAAUGUGGUUAUUUUUUAUUUGGAUUCUUCAUUUGGUAAUGGAAGCAUACUAUAGCCUCUGUUUUAA